ACUGUGGCGCCGGGACAGGGCAAGUUCCGGACGUCCCUCUGUCCAUCGAUCGGGACAGAAUUUCCAGAUCCGCGGCUUCGGGAUGGGGCCUGCCCCGCUGCCGCUACUGCUGGGGCUCUUCCUCUCGGCGUUCGUGAGUGAAGCUAUCACCAAGUCGAGGGAAGGAGCCAAGGCCUCCCUGCUGUUCCCACAGCCUUUGCCCAGGAUCCUGGAAGCUGAGCAUGCACCACUUUCCUCUCCUCAGGCCAGUGGGUACCAGCCUGCCUUGAUGUCUUCACCAGCUCAUCCUGGAGGACCACGCACUGAAAAUGCAGUUGGCCCUCAGGUGACCCCUGCUGGGUCGAAGCUCCUCCCACCUCUUGCAUUUAAUCACACAGUUGGGCACAUAAUACUUUCUGAACAUAAGGAUGUCAAAUUUAAUUGCUCAAUCAACGUGCCUAAUAUAUAUCAGGACACUACAAUUUCUUGGUGGAAAGAUGGGAAGGAAUUGCUUGGGGCACAUCAUGCAGUUACGCAGUUUUAUCCAGAUGAUGAAGUUACGGCGAUCAUCGCUUCCUUCAGCAUAACCAGCGUGCAGCGUUCAGACAAUGGGUCGUAUAUCUGUAAGAUGAAAAUAAACAAUGAAGAGAUUGUGUCUGACCCCAUCUACAUUGAGGUACAAGGACUUCCUUACUUUACUAAGCAGCCGGAGAGCAUGAAUGUCACCAGAAACACAGCCUUCAACCUCACCUGUCAGGCGGUGGGCCCGCCUGAGCCAGUUAACAUUUUCUGGGUUCAAAACAGCAGCCGCAUUAAUGAACAGCCUGAAAAAUCCCCCUCUGUUCUAAUUGUUCCUGGUCUGACAGAGAUGGCAGUCUUCAGCUGUGAGGCCCACAAUGACAAAGGGCUGACCGUGUCCAAGGGUGUGCAGAUCAACAUCAAAGCAAUCCCCUUCCCACCAACUGAAGUCUACGUGCACAACAGUACAGCCCACAGCAUUCUGAUCUCCUGGGUCCCGGGUUUUGAUGGAUACUCCCCACUCAGGAAUUGCAACAUUCAGGUCAAGGAAGCUGAUCCGCUGAGUAACGGCUCCGUCAUGAUUUUUCACGCCUCUGCCUCACCACAUCUAUAUCAAAUCGAGCAGCUGCAAGCCUUGGCUAAUUACAGCGUUGCUGUUUCCUGCAUGAAUGAAAUAGGCUGGUCUGAAGUGAGCCCUUGGAUUCUGGCCAGCACCACCGAAGGAGCCCCAUCCGUAGCACCUUUAAACAUCACCGUGUUUCUGAAUGAAUCUAGUAAUCACGUGGACGUCCGAUGGACGCGGCCUCCAAUGAAGCGGCAGGAUGGGGAGCUGGUGGGCUACCGGAUAUCUCACAUCUGGCAGAGCAUGGGGACUACCAAAGAACUAUCAGAGGAAGUUGGCUACAGUGGCAGCUAUGCUCAAAUUUCCAUUCCAGUCCGCAACGCCUCCUGCACAGUGAGGAUGGCAGCCAUCACCAAAGGGGGUGUUGGGCCCUUCAGUGACCCGGUGCAGAUAUUCAUCCCCCAACACGGUUCGGUAGAUUAUGCCCCUUCAUCAACUCCAGCGCCUGGCAACACAGAUCCUGUGCUCAUCAUCCUUGGCUGCUUUUGUGGAUUUGUUUUGAUUGGGUUGAUUUUUUAUAUCUCUCUGGCCAUUAAAAAAAGAGUCCAGGAGACCAAGUUUGGGAAUGCAUUUACAGAGGAGGAUUCCGAAUUAGUCGUUAACUACAUAGCGAAGAAGUCCUUCUGUCGGCGAGCCAUUGAACUUACCUUGCAGAGCUUGGGAGUCAGCGAGGAUCUACAAAAUAAACUAGAAGAUGUUGUGAUCGACAGGAAUCUUCUGAUUCUUGGAAAAAUUCUGGGGGAAGGAGAGUUUGGGUCAGUGAUGGAAGGAAAUCUUAAGCAGCAAGAUGGGACCUCUCAGAAAGUGGCAGUUAAGACCAUGAAAUUGGACAACUUUUCACAGCGGGAGAUCGAAGAGUUUCUCAGUGAGGCAGCAUGCAUGAAAGACUUCAGCCACCCAAAUGUCAUCCGACUUCUAGGUGUAUGUAUAGAAAUGAGCUCUCAAGGCGUCCCAAAGCCCAUGGUGAUAUUACCCUUCAUGAAAUAUGGGGACCUGCACACCUAUUUACUUUAUUCCCGAUUGGAGACAGGACCAAAGCAUAUUCCUCUGCAGACACUAUUGAAGUUCAUGGUGGAUAUUGCCCUGGGAAUGGAGUAUCUGAGCAACAGGAAUUUUCUUCAUCGAGAUCUAGCGGCGCGAAACUGCAUGUUGCGAGAUGACAUGACUGUCUGUGUUGCGGACUUUGGCCUUUCUAAGAAGAUUUACAGUGGCGAUUACUACCGCCAAGGCCGCAUUGCUAAGAUGCCUGUGAAAUGGAUUGCCAUAGAGAGUCUUGCAGACCGAGUCUACACAAGUAAAAGUGACGUGUGGGCAUUUGGCGUGACCAUGUGGGAAAUUGCCACGCGGGGAAUGACUCCCUACCCUGGGGUCCAGAACCAUGAGAUGUAUGACUAUCUUCUCCAUGGCCACAGGCUGAAGCAGCCCGAGGACUGCCUGGAUGACCUGUAUGAAAUCAUGUACUCUUGCUGGAGAGCUGAUCCCUUGGAUCGACCUACCUUUUCAGUGUUGAGGCUGCAGCUGGAGAAGCUCUUAGAAAGUUUGCCUGAUGUUCAGGACAAAGCAGAUAUCAUUUACGUCAACACACAGUUGCCAGAGAACUAUGAGGCCCUGGCUGAGGGCUCUGUGCUUGGUCCCCUGGACAUGAACAUUGACCCUGACUCCAUAAUCGCCUCCUGCACUCCCAGCGCUACCAUCAGCGUGGUCACAGCAGAAGUUCACGAGAACAGACCUCACGAAGAAAGGUACAUCCUAGAUGGGGGCAGCGAGGAAUGGGUAGACCCGGCUUCUGCCACCUCUGCUACUGUCACAGGCGAAAAGAAUGGUGUUUUACCAGAGGACAGACUUGCAAGGAAUGGGGUCUCUUGGUCCCUUUCAAGCACCCUGCCCUUGCAAAGCCCAUCAGCAGAUGAACUUUUGUUUGCCGAUGACUCCUCAGAAGGUUCAGAAGUCCUGAUGUGAGGAGAGUGAAGAGCAGACAUUCCAGAAUGAAGUUAGUUCUUCUACGUUAGGAGAAGCCAGUUUUGCCUGAUGUUUUUGGUAUCUGUUUUCCUUACCAAGUAAACUCCAUGGCCCCACAGCACCAGAUGAAUGUUGUUAAAGAAGUCAUCAUUAAAGAUAUAUAAUAUAUAUUUAUUUAAAGAGAAAAAACAUAUAUGUAUAUGAUGGAAAGAGAUAAGGAUAUUGUAUUUAAUAAAAGAUGACUUACUUUACUGAUCUGGCAGAUCUGAAGACGUAAGUUUCAGCCAUUCUUUGACACUAACACGUGUACAGACAGAGUCAAAGAUGUUUUGUAAAGUUUUCUUUUUCAGGACAGCUAAAUGUAAAAAUAUUUGUAAAAUGAAAUGCCAUAUUUGACUGGGCUCCUGGUCUUCAUGUAUUUGAUAAGAAUGAUUCGUGUAAUAUUUAAAGUCGAAAAAUUGAUUAAUUUUCUGCUAUGACUUCCUAAUAAAAUAUGAAUGAAGAAGGAUGUGUUGAACUUGAGAGGGGGAAAGACAGUGGUCACUGGAAGCAUCAGUGCCUUAAUGAUUCAUCUUCACUGCAGUUGCUGUGGCCAUUCUUAGCAUUGUUUUUUAGGGAUGAGGGAAAAGCACUCCAGGAGUCCAUAGAUGAGGGACAAAAAAAUAUUAAGGGAAAAAAAAACAGU